AUGUCAUCUUCCCUCAAACUGAUGUCUGCAUGUGGGCUGCCAUCUCUGUGGAGGCUCUGGACAUUUCUGGGUUGUGCGGCUGCCAUCCAUCAUCGCUCGCCGGGAUCCUGGCUAAUGGCUAACACCGACACUCCAGGCUACUCCAUCGUCAUCUCUGCACCGCUUCGGAGCUUCCAUCACAUCAGCACUCCCUCUGGUCAACUCCAACUACCUCACCGACCCCGCUACAUCCACAGAGGAUCUGGUCGCCGGUUUGUUCUGUCCAAACACGACGAUCUUGAUAACUGUCACCGAUCCAUUACAUCCCUCUGGUCGGCUGGUCGCACAACAAUGGCGUCAUCAGAACACCGCAACUACAGUCGCUAA